GGUGAGGCCGACAUCGGAAAAGGCCAUUUUUUACGAGGAAGUGAAAUGAUAACGUAAGACCUGCUCGACCCGCCGCUAGUCCCUGGUUUAGUUUACUGCUCUGCAAUGCAGCCGAAUCGCGUGUUCGCCCUGCCGAGGCAGCAAUCUCUGCUGCUGCCUGCCGUCAUCAAUCCUUUCGUCCAGGACACCAAACUCAGCAAAGCCGCCAUAUGUAAGUGUGUCCUCCUGGGUGUCUUCCUGGUGCCUGGCCGGCUCAUCCUUCUGUCUCUGGUUCUCAUGGUGACAUGGCCCGUGUCUGUCAUAAUAACCUUCAGGCGUCCUCUGAAAGGAGCCGUGGAGCCCCUGACAGGCUGGAGAAGGUUCAUGUGCCGGAAGGUGAUGGCUGCAUUGGGGAGGAUGUACUAUUUCUGCAUGGGCUUCAGAGUUGUGGUCAAGGGGAAGCAGGUCAGCAGUAGUGAGGCCCCCAUUCUGGCUGUGGCCCCCCACUCGUCAUUUUUUGAUGGGAUUGUAUGCAUUGUAGCUGGCCUGCCCUCCACCGUCUCCCGUGUUGAGAACCUGGCUACACCCAUCUUUGGCAGGUUUGUGCGCUGCCUUCAGCCAGUGCUGGUUUCCAGACAGGAUCCAGACUCCAGGAAAAAUACAAUUCAAGAGAUUGACAGCAGAGCCAAGUCAGAAGGUCGCUGGCCACAGGUUCUAAUUUUUCCAGAGGGAACAUGCACAAAUCGCUCAUGUCUUAUCACUUUCAAACAAGGUGCCUUUAUCCCCGGAGUCCCAGUGCAGCCUAUACUACUGAGAUAUCCCAACAAACUGGACACAGUGACAUGGACUUGGCAAGGUUUCGGCUCGCGGACUCUGUUGAUUCUUACGCUGUCCCAACUUUACACCACAGUGGAAAUAGAGUUCCUGCCUCCACAUGUUCCCACAGAGGAGGAGAAGAAGAGCCCAGCUGUGUUUGCAAGCAGAGUGAGAGCCAGCAUGGCCCAGUAAGUCUUUAUAUUGUGCAUUCUGCUGUGCACUUCUUAAAUGGUGCCACAUGACCAAAACGGUAUGAAACCGCAUACAUGUCACAGAUAAGGUGGAAUGUUUCAUUACGCAGUAUUCAUCAACAGUGCAGAAAAAA